AUGGGCUGCAAGUGUUCGAAAUUCACUUUGUGUUGUUUUAUCUCGGGCCAGAAUGGACCAGUUCGCGAGGCACAUAAUGAUGAGAAUGAGGAGAAAAGUGAAGUCAGUGAUAGUGUGAUGGGCUGCAAGUGUUGUUCGAAACUCAAUUUGUGUUGUUUUAUCUCGGGCCAGAAUGGACCAGUUCGCGAGGCGCAUAAUGAUGAAAAUGAGGAGAAAAGUGAAGUCGGUGAUUUGCCUGCAUUCUGUGAAUACUCCAUCGAACAACUCAGGACAGCUACAUCUGGAUUUUCUGUAGAGAACAUUGUUUCAGAGCAUGGGGAGAAAGCCCCAAAUGUCGUUUAUAAGGGGAAAUUAGAGAAUCAGAGGCGAAUUGCUGUUAAACGCUUCAAUAGGUCGGCUUGGCCAGAUGCCCGGCAGUUCUUGGAAGAAGCAAGAUCUGUUGGUCAACUCCGCAACCAUAGAUUGACAAAUUUACUUGGCUGCUGCUGUGAAGGUGAAGAGAGAUUGCUUGUUGCAGAAUUCAUGCCCAAUGAGACCCUUGCAAAACAUUUAUUUCACUGGGAAACACAACCUAUGAAGUGGGCAAUGCGGAUAAGGGUCGCUUUAUACCUUGCACAAGCUCUAGAAUACUGUACCAGCAAAGGACGUGCUCUUUAUCAUGAUCUUAAUGCGUACAGAAUAGUCUUUGAUGAUGAUGGUAAUCCCAGACUGUCAUGCUUUGGUUUAAUGAAGAACAGUAGGGAUGGAAAAAGCUAUAGCACCAACUUGGCAUUUACUCCUCCAGAAUACCUAAGGACUGGAAGAGUUACCCCUGACAGUGUAACGUAUAGCUUCGGCACAUUAUUGCUUGACCUUCUCAGUGGAAAACACAUUCCUCCUAGCCGUGCCCUUGAUUUGAUGAAGGACAGGAAUCUUCAGAUGCUGACCGAUUCUUGCUUAGAAGGUCAAUUUUCUAAUGAUGAUGGAACUGAGUUAGUACGUUUAGCAUCAAGAUGUUUACAGUAUGAACCCCGCGAGAGGCCAAAUCCGAAAUCAUUAGUUGCUGCAUUGAUUCCUCUUCAGAAGGAAACUGAGAUUCUUUCUCAUGUGUUGAUGGGUAUCACUCAUGUUGGAGAGGUUAUGCCUCUAUCUGCACUUGGUGAAGCAUGUUUAAGAAUGGAUUUGACUGCCAUACACGAGAUAUUAGAGAAACUUGGUUACAAAGAUGAUGAGGGAGCAGCAGCUGAGCUUUCCUUCCAGAUGUGGUCCAAUCAGAUGCAGGAAACAUUGAACUCAAAGAAAAAGGGCGACGUGGCUUUCCGGCAUAAAGAUUUUGGGGCUGCAAUUGAAUGUUACACUCAGUUUAUUGAUGUUGGAAAAAUGGUCUCGCCAACUGUUUUUGCACGCCGCAGUUUAUCGUAUCUCAUGAGUGAUAUGCCACAGGAAGCCCUCAAUGACGCAAUACAAGCACAAGUCAUUUCUCCCAUUUGGCAUAUAGCUUCAUAUCUACAAGCUGCUGCUCUUUUCACUCUCGGGAAGGAGAAUGAGGCACAAAUCGCAGUCAAAGAGGGUUCAAUACUUGAAGACAAGAGGAAAACAACUUCCAGAAAUUAG